CUCUAGGAUACCAUAUUACAAUAAAAAGUAAGUGCUAAACUCAUAAAGGUCAUAGGGUACCAAAGACCACCACAAGUAGGCCUUUUAAUUAUUAUUAUAAUCAAGGGGGAAGCGCUAAACCCGGAAGAUUAUACAGCGCCUGGGGGGGGGGGGGGAUGUGGAAGGCAUUCAGGCUUAAUUCGGGGAACUGGAGCACAGAUCCAAUUCCCUAAAUCAAGAGCCCCUCACCAACAUCAAGGAACCUUCCUUGAGGGGAGGCCUUUUAAUAACCUGUAUGAAGGGGGAUAUUUUCAGAAAAUUUGCAUUUAUAAAUUUCAUGUAUAAUUACAGUAUCAAACCAGCUUGUUGAUUACCUAAAGCCCUUGCUUUUUCUUUGUAUAUAUGCCAUACUCUAUUUUUUUUUCUUUACCCUCAACUUGGCAUUGCAUAGUAGACCAACUCUGUUCUCAGUAAGCUAGUAAUUGGUCCUGUAUAUUAUUAUUAUUAUAAUCAAAAAUAAGCGCUAAGCAACAAGGACUAUACAGCGCUGCAGGGCAGGAAGCGAGGGCAUUUGGUCCUGUAUAGCCCUUGUGGCUUAGCGCUUCUUUUUUAUUAUAAUAAUAAUAAUAGUAAUUGGUCAGAUUCAGAAUUUUAUUUUUUAGGACUUUCAUCAUGCAAGACUUGAAUGAAAUUACUAUUUCAUUAUCUGAUACUUAGCCCGUGUGGUUUAGCGCUUCUUUUUGAUUAUAAUAAUUAUCUGAUACUGCAUUUCCAAAUACAAUACUGUUUUAUAUAUUUUUUUUUUUUUUAGGUUUUAGCUGUCAUUUUCAAAUGUGUACUCACAAAGGUGAUCAUAUCUAACAUUCAUAAUGUAUCAAAUGGCUGCUCUUUUGAUCUAUUUUAUCCUCCCACAGCCCAAUGGGCCAGAAUUGGUCUAUGACUCUCCACUACUACCAUGAUCCAGAAUGCUCCAGGCCUUCCUUCACUCUCCAAGCUACUGGCACCUAUGUCCAUGCCACGCCCACACCUUACGCCUAUGACUUUACAGUUAGUCAUCUUGUAAUGACUCCAGAAGACACUGAUAUGACCAAUGCUCUCAAUUCAUACAAAGGCAAGGAGUGUGGGUGGCCAGGAAGGUGGGCACCCAAGAAAGCACAAGAUGUAACCUUUACUGGAGGCUGCAAGGCCAUUGGUGUGCGGGUACCGGUUGUAGAAAAAGAGAUUAUCCGCAUGGGUGUGGACGAAUCAGGCGGCAUGUGGCUGACAUUGGGACAAACACCCACAACUCCACGGCAGAUGGGAGAUUCCCCCCGGCCCACCAGUUGGGGGCCCACCCUCAUUAGUUGCAGACACUACAGCACCAGUGACCAAGACAACUUUCUUCAACCUAUGGUGGGUGCCCGCACUGCUUCAUCCAGCAACUUGCUGACUUGCAUCAAACCUGUUACUCUCAUGCUUCUAGUCCUGCUUGCACUUGCUGGAGAACCCUGAGGCUUAAGUUGUUGGAAUUGCAUACACUGUAUAAAUAUGUGAAAGUUGUCAUAAGCAAUGAAGUUUGAGUCCCAUACCAAUACCAGAAUGAGAUGUACUGUGCUCUAAGGUUUACACUUGGGUGACUAGGUUAGCAGUCGGUUAUAGAUGUAGACUUCAGUUUAUGUAACCUUGAAUAUUCAUAAUUAUGUUUGCUAAGGCAGCAUAUAUCACAAUGCUGAACUCGCUUGUGUCAUUACUACAGGUCAGUGUAUACAGUACAUCCCAACCAGGGUAAAACUUAAAUACUGUAAUAUAGCUGAAGCUCUCAUGACCUAUUGACAAAUACGGUAUGUCAUUAUGUAUUUGCAAUAUUAAUGUAGUAACAUCUCAGUUUUAAAAGCAUUUAUAUAAAUUUUGUAUUACCUCUGUCCUAUUUGUCUUUAACAUUCCAUUUACUUAUAGAAUAACAGCUGGUGUUAAAGAAUAAGUCGCAGUGCCCAAAUAACUCGCACUUAGAGAAAACUUAUGCUGUUUUGGUACGUCCUGAACUGUUAUCCAGUCACAACUGAGCAAGAAAUCCAGGAGACUAGAGGAAGUAGGGGAAUUAGAAACAGCAGUGGUAGUAUUACACGUACACUCCCCCAUGAUUAUAAUAAUAAUAGUAUUACAUGUAAAUAUAAUAUGGCAUGUAGUCAAGGAAUUAGUACUGGUACAUAAAAACACAGAGGCACAGCAGGAUACCUACUGGACCACAUUGCAGGAUUAGUAAUAAAUUAAUUUAAUAUCCACUGUCUUGAUGUAUUGCAACACUAACACCUGUCCCCAAGGGAGCACAGAUACUCUGCAAUAAGCCUAUUGGCCCAUACUAGGAAUGAAAAGGAAGCAAGAAAAACGAAAAUCAGAAGAUGGGAAAGGCAAAGAAUAUACAGAAGACAGGUAAGACAAGAUGAGGUAGCAUAAUCCAGGUCAAGUUAUGAGUGUUCUCAAGAUUAGAGCACUUGACAAAGUAUUGAGAAUGGUAGACAUCUACAGAAACAAAGUCAGGACUAAGAUUUAUGUUAGGAAUGUGUAUAAGGGCCGAUUUAUCAAGGUGUUUGUGAAGGGUAGAAGGUUUUAGCAGACGACCAAUAAGAUGGCUGUGAUCUUAAAUACAACAGAAAAAAAACACUGACAGUGUCAAGGUGAACACUUCCUUUGUGCUUUGCAAGUCUCUCAGACAGUGGCCUGUUUCACCAAAGUAUUGUAGAGGAUAAGAGGAGCUGGAAAUGGAGUGGCCCUUGUGGUUUAGUACUUCUUUUUUUUUAUUACAAUAAUAAUGGAAAUGGAGUAGACAUCAGUGACAAAAGUAUAAACUAUAUUACUACAAAGAGUGCUAGUUUGACGGAAAUCAAGUUUUAGAUAUAAAGGAUGGAGGGUGUUUAGUUUUUGAACAUUAGAAAUGUAGAGAAGGCAAAGAACAAGAGACUGCACAUAAGCUAGAGUGAGAAGUUUGUUGAGCACAAGAGCAGGCAGAGUUAAUGAAGAUUCCCGUUCAGUUUUGAACUUGAAAGGAGCAAGAUUGUUAAAGGCAUUGAGAAAAGGUUGGAAGAGACUAGUGAUGCAUCAGUAGAC